AUGGACAUGCAACUCAGCGAAAAGGCCAAAGGAAAGCAGCGGGCAGUCGAGCCUCCGACCAACGACCAGGUCGAGGAGGGUCCGAGCACACAAGCCGAGGACAAGCCACGAGACCUCGUCGUGCGGUUCACCGAGGGGGCGCCUGACCUCACGCUCUCCGUUAGCAAGCAGGAUACCGUGCGGGAUGUCAAGCGACAUAUUAGAGAUAUACGACCUGGGCUGCAGAACCACCGACUACGACUUAUCCACUCUGGACGGCUGCUUACCGACGGCACACUUCUCUACACAUUUCUUACAUCUUUGGAGGAACGCCAGAAACGGGUAAAGACCGACCAUGCUAGCGUCGCCGCAGUUAAAUCCGCCACGACCUGGAUUCAUUGUUCUGUUGGACCGCAGCUGGCACUUGGAGAAGCGGAGGACGAUAGCAAGCCUCAAACCGCCCAAAUCCAACCCGCUCGAGGUUUCGAUAGACUUGCCUCUGUCGGAUUCUCCCAAGACGACAUUGAGAACUUCAGACGGCAAUUCCACAGCCAAUCCUCCGCAAACUACCUCGACGACGACUUCGCAACUGAAGAAGAAUAUGACGAACACGCUCGCGCCCUCGAAGAACAAUGGAUCGACUCAAUGGACAACGCUGGCUCAGCCGCCCUCUCACAAAACAACUCAUCGAGCUCGACCGUUCUCCAAGGCGUGCUCAUGGGUUUCUUCUUCCCGUUCAUCCCGUUCUUCUUCAUACGGACGCAGAAGCCGCCUGUAUUUUGGGAAGAUGGCAGCGAGCAAGAGCCCACGUCGAACGUGAUAUUCUCGCGGCGUAUGUCAAUGGGCCUCGUCGUUGGCUUCCUUGUGAACAUUCUCUUCGGGAUGUGGCGUUACUUGCUUGACACUUCGUAG